GAAUCAACAAAACCAAGAGACAUCACUGGACCCUGAAAGUGUUGAAGAAGUGUAUACAGAAACUGUCAAAGAGGGGCUAAAUGGUCGUAAGAUCACAGUUCUGUAUGAGGGUGCUGGUGAUCCAAAUGGUAUACCUGAUCCUCAACGGACUCCUGUUUUCGUUAGAAACCUCACCACUGACCAACAGGACAUAUUGAAUCAGAGAUUAAAUGACAACAGAACAGGGAAAUCAACUUAAAGCGUCAACACUAUGGAUGUCAUCAUUGUCAAUACUGAUCAGGAAAUCCGCGAACUUCAAAAGAAGCCACCUACAACUGACGCAUCUACUCAAACUCAUUUCACAACAGAUAUCUCACUGCUUGAAGUCCUCCUCAAAAACUCAACACAGAUACUGCAGCUUCUGCAACAGUUACCAAAAAGGAAAAAUCCAGAUCAACUAGAAGAAACCAACAAUCCAUCACUUGUAGAGUACCUACAGUCUGAGAACAUUGACUUCCUAAUGGUGCAGACACCAAAAAAGUUGAACCCAGGUCAGCAGACGUCAGUAUUGUCUGAACCAGUACCUCUCAACUCUACUGAAUUGACAGACCUCAGUAUUCAACCUCUUUCAACUAAUACCUCAUCACCAGCAAAAUCACCCGUUUCACCAAGAUACAGAGGACUAUCAGCAUCUCCUGAAGCACAUCCAUUGUCUCCGCUGUCUCCCUCACCAACUCCAGUCUGUCCAGGAACACUCAGUCCUGAAUGCUCACCUAUAUUCCCAGAACUAUGCAGGAGAGUUCAACAAACAACAACAACUUUCAACUCAACCCAAAUCCAACCAAGUGUACCAAGUCAACCCUUCACGAUUCUGAACCAUCCAAUACAGCACUUCUCCCAUCCCAGAAACCUAAUAUACAACCAACUCUAUACAGAACCAGCUCCAUCCUUUUCAUCUAGAACAAGUUGCCGUCCCACAACAGAGUGUUUCAGUGCGCCAAUAACUGAAAUUUCAUCAAACACUGCACCAAUUGGAAACAAUGAGAUUCGCAUUGCCAAGAUGUUCAGUGGGAAAUCAAAAAUGCAGCACAAAACAAUACAGGAAGCUUUGGGUGGAAGAUGACAAGACGAAUUUUCAAAAAAGAAGAACUUCGUGGCAAGAACUUUUAUGGCAGAAAGGGCAAGGCAGGACUCUCAUCAAGACGUCGCCAUGCAAUUGAGCACGCCAUUCUUGACACCUAUGGUUCGAAUUCUGCAUUAACCCAGGCAGUGACAGCUAUCAACACUGGCAUAAGGAAUUUGUACCGUUAACAUUUUAAGAUAUACAAUGUAACUAUCAAUUGACACAGGAAAUUAAUAAUAGGACUAUACUGUUUUGGAUAGCAAGCCUUAUUAGACAUUAUUAACAUUUAUAGUGAUGUUAUUGCCUAUCACCAUGUUAAACUAUAAUUCUAUACAUAUAAUGAGAUCCUCUGUUUUACCUCAAAAUCUAAGGGGAAAUACAAUUGUUAGUCCAAAUCAAAACCAAAGGGUUCAAGAAAUCACAAAGAUUUUUAAAACACUGUCUCAUUUGAUAAUGAGAUUUGAAAAACAAAAGGAUCUUAAAUAAAGUUUUAAUGAGUCAACCAAAAAAUAAAUCUAGUUGAAUUUUUUAAUCAUAUAUGGUAAAACUCUAUUAGAUUUGCACACUGAUUCAACUGCACUGUUCAAAUAGAUGAACACAAUCUUGAUUGUCUGAUUGAGCAAUCUUCAGUUGUAAUCCAAGCAUGAAAUGAUGUA